AUGCCCAUUCAAACGCGGGCGAGGGUCUAUGACACCCCCGUCGCAGCGAAGAAGAAGGACACGCCCAGCUCCUCAGCCAAGAGGAAGCCAAAGUCGCAGACCGUCCCCGAGGCAGAGGACACGCCCGAUGGAUCGCAGCUGCCACAGAGUCCAGAACUAGGCCUUGGCGAUCGUCCGGAUGAGCAAAGCACAAUGGGGCAAGCCGCGUCGUCACUGUCGAGGAGCGCCAAGCGGAAGCCUGAGGACGAGGACGCAUCUGCCGCCGCGGCCCAGGAUGAGAGCCCGUCGACAAAGAAGCAGAAGCUCGCGGUGAGGCCGAAGCGCUCGACUCCAUCCAAGUCGCACAAGAGCUUUUCCGUUGAGAUUCCGCUGUCUAAGCUACGAGACACCAAGCCAGAGGCAGAGGCCGCUGAUGAGUCCUCACCCCCGACGAAGGACGAAGUCGUGGCAGAGACCGCUGCAGAGGUCGUCACGCCGGCGCCGUCCAAAAGCAAGCGUAUUACUUUUAGCGACGAUGAGCCGAUGGAGUUCUACACGCCGCUGGAGGCACCGGCCAAGACUCCGCGAAAGACUCCGGCAAAGCUAGCUGCCAGUGUCGUCCCAGAGACGGUAGCCGAGGCAGAGCAGGAAGAGGAAGAGGAGAGCGACGACGAUGAGGCGCCCGAGGCCGUCUCUACUCACAAGCCCGUGCAGAGCAAUAAGGUUGCCCAGGCGGCUGCUAAGGCCGCUGAGCAACAAGCCGCAGAGAAGAAGCGCAAACGGCAAGAGAGGGACGCGCUGUUCAAGCAGCAGGCUGAGGUACGGAAGCGCGCAGAGGAGGCAAAGCAGCCAGCUGAGAAGGCCUCUCCAGAACCCGACUCGGACGCCGGCGUCGCAGACGACGAGCCCGCAGCUGCAGCAGCACCAGCAGAUGCAGGAGACGUCGCCCGUUCGCUUGUCUCCGGAGGCGGCGGCAGGAAGAGAGCCGAGAAGCGCAGCCUCCCCAGCAUUCUCCCCGCAGAAUUUCUGGAGUCGGAUGAGGAGGACGACGAGGGCGCGCUUGCGGCUGCAGGCGUCGCGAGGCAGCCAAAGAAGAUAAAGUUCACGACGGCGGAGAGACAGCUGGCCAGAGACGGACGGCCGCCUGCGGACCAGAGGGUUGGUUCGACGGUGUACCGGGUCCUGCACGACAAGGCGGACAAGAAGCUGGCGCCGAAGCUGCAGAAGCACUCUCGUAAUGCGAAGGAGGAGCUUCUGCGCAGAAACCGAGUGGCCCAGAGGAAGAAGAGCGGGUUCUUUGUUAACAAAUAA